AUGGACGAGCUCACCUCGCUCACCUGCUUGGAGCGCUUGACCAUUUCCUCAUGCAGUGUGUCCACUCUGCCCGACAACUUUGGAGCUCUUCCAGCCUUGAAUGCACUCGUGCUGCACGAGCUGCCGCUUCUCCGUCUCCCUGCUUCCUUCACCAGACUUGCAUCGCUGGAGUCGCUGCUUCUCGUUGGGUGCAAGGAGGUGCAGGAGCUACCUGCAGGGUUUGGCUGCCUUACUGCACUCGAGACACUGAGCGUGGCAUGGUCGUCCUCUCUGGACAUUCCGGAAGACUUGGGUGGCCUGACCAAUCUGCGAACCCUUCAUUUCCAGAAUAGCAGACAAGAGCAGCUGCCGUCCUCAUUCACGCAGCUGACUUCCCUGACCAGGUUGGAGCUGGAACGUUGUGAGGUUGUUGAGCUGCCAGAGGGCAUGGCGGAGAUGACACACCUGCAGGAGCUCCACAUUGAGAGCUGCCCUUCUUUCAUAGAGCUUCCGGAACUUCUGACAGCUCUUAUCAGCCUUGAAGUGCUCAGGAUUGAACAGUGUCACAAUUUCUCCUCGAUCCCCACGAGGCUGGACAGUCUUACGAAGCUGACGCAGUUGGGGCUGAGGGGCUGUUGCCUGCAGAACGAAGCCCCUCUGGCUCUGCCUCCCAGUCUCCAGGCCUUGUCUUUUGAAAGCAAUGACCAGGGAGGGUCUAUGCCAGACAUUUCAACAAUCACGGCGCUGAGAAAACUGUGCUUGGGCUUUGGGGAUGAAACCUGUGUUGAGGCGAUCAGUGCCCAUCUUCCUAAUCUGCAGCACUUGGAACUGGAGCUGGAAGAAGCAGCAGACGAGUCCCUGUCCCUGCUGGCAAGGCUUCCCCGCCUCCGCUCCUUGAUGAACACGGAGGUCGGCAGUGUGAACAAUCUGGUGGAAUCUGACGGCUCAGCAUUGCAGGAGCUACAGGAGCUGACCAUCAUCACCUGGUCUGAUCAAUUCACAGAGCUGCCUGCAGCCAUCACCACUCUCCACCAUCUGACAUCCAUUCACAUCUGCGCGCCGAAGUUAUCAUCUCUCCCGGACGGCCUUGGGGCAUUGUCAAGGCUGCGCAAGCUGGAACUCCCCUUCUGCUCAUCGCUCGCGCAUCUCCCUGAUUCCCUCACGCAACUAUCUUGCCUGCAUGAGCUGAACCUCUUCAACACCAGCAUUCGCCUGCUUCCUGCUGGCUUUGCUAACCGCAGCAGACUGAAGAAGCGUCAUCUCGAUCAAUACGAGCAGCUGGAGGCGCUGCCUGAUGACAUCUCUGAUCUCAGAAUGCUUGAUUACUUGUCAACUAGUGGGUGUGACAUGCUCCAACGCUGA